AUGCGUUAUAGAGACUGUCUUUUGCUGAUUUGGGUGGGAGCCAAGUUGACUCGCCGCCGACUGCGUGAGAUGUGUCGUAUGUACUCACCAGGUUUUUUAUUUUUAUCGGAAACGAAGAAUGACAAAUCUUUUCUACACGAUGUGCAAGAUGAGUUAGGAUUUGAAAAUCUUCAAACCGUCGAGCCAGUUGGCACUAGUGGCGGUUUAGCUUUAUUGUAUUCGAAUGAUUUUCCGGUUAAGUUUCUUUUGUUAGAUGACCGGUUAAUUGAUAUCGAAACUAUUAUUAAUGGAAAUCGGGUCUUUAUGACAUUUAUUUAUGGUGAUCCGGUUGUUUCUAACCGUGAAUACGUUUGGGAAAGACUCAUGCGUAUUGGUGUUGUGAGAUCCGAACCUUGGUUUAUUAUUGGGGAUUUCAACGAAAUAAUUGGAAACCAUGAAAAAAAGGGAGGGAAGAAACGAUCAGAAACCUCCUUUUUACCUUUUCGAGCUAUGAUCGACUCAUGCGGGUUAAUUGAUUUUCCAUUCCAAGGAAAUCAAUUUUCAUGGAUAGGUCAUAGAACAAAUGGUACAAUAAGAUGCAGAUUAGAUAGAGCCAUGGGAAAUGAAGAAUGGCAUAAUUUAUUUUCCCACACAAAUGUGGAGUAUUUAAAAAUGUGGGGGUCCGACCACCGUCCCCUUUUGGCUUCGUUGCUCUCUAAACCAAAAAAGAUGCGAAGAAAAUUCAUGUUCGAUAAACGGUGGAUAGAUAAGCCAGGACUCAGUAAAGCAGUACUAGAAGGAUGGGGUGGAGAGGAUGGUAGUGUUGAACGCUCAAUUUACCAAAAAAUCCAAAACUGCAAACGAGCUAUCUCCAUUUGGAAGAAAAAUAAUCCCUCAAACUCAGAAAAACAGAUUAAAGAGCUCCAAGCCAAAAUUGAUGAAGCUUAUGAGGACGAUCAAGCUUCCACAGAAGAUCUCCUAGCUCUCAAAUGGCAAUUGUGCGAAGCUUACAGAGAGGAAGAGGCUUAUUGGCAACAAAAAAGUAGGGAUGACCCAUCGAUGGCCAUUAGAGAUGUACCCAUUUUGGUUACUCAAUCAAUGAACGACUCCCUCACAAAGGACAUCUCAGAGGAGGAGGUGAAGCGAGCCUUAUUCUCCCUGAAUCCAGGAAAGACCCCAGGUCCAGAUGGGAUGACUGCCCUAUUUUUCCAAAAAUUUUGGGCUACAAUAAAAGACGACCUUAUUAAGACGAUUCGUAAUUUCUUCAGCUCAGGUUUCUUUGAUGCAAAACUCAACGAAACCAACAUCUGCUUAAUCCCAAAAGGAGAAAGACCUCGUGAGAUGUCAGGUUUUCGUCCUAUUAGCUUAUGUAAUGUAAGCUAUAAAGUGAUCUCCAAGGUCUUGAGUCUUCGGCUCAAAAGUUUUCUUCCGGAACUUAUAUCUGAGACACAGUCGGCCUUUGUGGCUGGGAGACUAAUUACAGACAAUAUCCUUAUUGCUCAAGAAAACUUCCAUGCCCUUCGUUCAAAUCAGGCUAAUCGGACUAAGUUCAUGGCGAUCAAAACCGAUAUGAGCAAAGCUUAUGAUAGGGUGGAAUGGACCUUCUUACGAGCUCUGAUGGAGAAAAUGGGGUUUGAUCAAAAGUGGGUGGGAUGGAUAAUGCAUUGCAUUUCCUCCGUCUCAUACCGAAUUUUGAUCAACGGAGAUCCAAAAGGGAGGGUUAGACCAACAAGAGGUAUUCGACAAGGGGACCCAAUCUCUCCGUACCUAUUUAUUCUAUGUACGGAAGCUCUUAUUGCCCAGAUAAGAAGGGCUGAAGAGGAGGGAAAAAUUCAGGGGCUCCGCAUCUCUAAUGCAAGUCCAAGGGUUUCACACCUCCUGUUUGCAGACGACAGCCUCUUCUUUUGUAAAGCCGACCCCCAACAUAGUAAGGAAAUUAUAGAUAUAAUUCGCCGUUAUGGGGAUGCUUCGGGACAAGAGAUCAAUUUUGCAAAAUCUUCCAUCAUGUUUGGAAAUGAUAUCCCGGCCCUCCUCCGCCAAGAGAUUAAAACCAUUGUUGGAAUUUCCCAAGAAGGUGCCAUAACCUCCAAGCUAAGUAGUGCUAUUGCUAACUUUUGGUGGAGUAAUAAAGCUGAAAGUCGGGGUAUGCAUUGGCUUUCUUGGGAGCAAAUGUGCACCAGCUUUGAAGAUGGUGGACUAGGAUUCAGGACCCUCGAGGAAUUCAAUCUAGCUUUAUUGGCAAAACAACUAUGGCGGGUAUUAAGAUUCCCAGAUUCCCUCUUGAGCCGUGUGCUGAAAGGACGGUAUUUCAGAUAUUGCAAUCUAUUAGAGAUAGAAAUAUCAAAUCGCCCUUCUUACGGCUGGAGGAGUAUGCUAUCGGCGAAACAUAUCCUCAAGUUUGGAAUUCGCAAGACUAUUCGAUCCGGAUUUGAUACUUACAUCUGGACUGAUCCUUGGAUCCCAGAUAAUCCACCGCGACCACCAAAGGGUUUAUCUCAAUUUCGCGAUCCCCUUGUGUGUGUAAAUACAUUGAUUGAUUUUAACACAAAAAGGUGGAAACAAGACAAUCUUUGGGAGCUUUUUCCCCCGGAUGAAAUUACCCUAAUAAUGGGAAUCAAACCGAGCUUAAAAGCAUCGAGGGAUGGUUAUGCAUGGACAUUAACAAAGUCCGGAAAUUAUUCCGUUAAAUCUGGAUACAACGUCGCGAGAUCAAUCUCUCGUCCUGAUUGCGACCCCCCUGUUCAGGGACCUAGUAUUACGACAUUGAAGACGCAAUCAUGGAAGCUAAAAACUACACGAAAGUUAAAACAUUUUGUGUGGCAAUGUUUGUCUGGAUGUUUGGCAACUUGUCAACGUCUACAUUAUCGCCAUAUUGGCAGAGAUAAAGGAUGUCCUCGGUGUGGAGCGGAAGAAGAAUCAAUUAAUCACAUGGUUUUUGAAUGUCCUCCUGCGAAACAAGUAUGGGCUCUUUCUGCGAUCCCCUCCCACCCAUUGGUGUUCCCUUCCUCCUCCCUAUUUAGCAAUUUAGACUUUUUAUAUGGGAGAGGCAAAGACUUUGGUGCACUCGAGUCAAAUUUACGUGUUUUUCCAUGGAUAAUGGGGUAUAUCUGGAAGGCGAGAAACCUACAGAUUUUUGAGAAUGUCUCUGAGUCCCCGCUAGAGACCUUGGAGAAAGCACGGCAAGAGGAAGAUGUAUGGCGAUCGGUGCAUUGUAGAGAGGCCGCCACCGUGCACACCCCAUCGCCUUUACUCAACUCUCUCCCUCAAGAUCUCCCGAUCUGCUUUAUAGAUGGAUCUUGGCACGUUAAGGAGGAAAGAAGUGGACAUGGGUGGAUUGUCUCGUUUGGAGGACGAACCCUGUGGCUUGGCCUGAAAGGAUCUCGACGAAGCCUCUCUCCUCUACAUGCCGAGUUAGACACCCUUAUUUGGGCUAUGGGCAGUUUGGUGUCACUUGGCUUGACUAACAUUCAUUUUGCAACGGAUUGCUUGGAUCUCCUCGCAAUGACCGCACAUAACGAGGAUUGGCCCGCCUUCUCCUCCGAGUUGAGUAAUUUCAAGAGUCUUAAAGAUAGAUUUGUUAGUUUCAGUAUUUUUCAUAUCCUUAGAGGGGAUAAUGUCUGUGCCGAUAAACUUGCGAAAUGUGCAAGGGCACGUGGUUUUUGUUUUUCCCAUAUAAGCUCGUCGGUCCCUUUAUGCCUCUCUCUCGAAGAGAGUCAUUCCCGAUAA